UCAACGAAUAACUUCCAGGCUUUGGCUACAAGUCAAACAUGCCGGUUUCGAUAUGCCAGGUCUUCCAAUCUGGGCAACUCCUCCCUAUAUAAACUAGCUUCCCCAACCAUUGCUUCUUCAUAUUUGUCCUGGAAUUUCAUUUUCUUUCCAACUUUACAAAAAUCUUGUUAUACUUUGUAACUCUCUCGUCAGAUUCCUGUUAAUUUGUUAAAGAAAUCAUGGAAGUAGAGAUGUCCCUGGCAGAUUCUUUAAUGAAGGUGUUCAUGUUCCUGAUUGUUCAAGCACUGGUUUAUCUCAUCCUUUCUAAGUCAUCUGAUAUUUUCUCCAAGAAUAAGAUGAGAUCAUUAAGCCUCAAACCUGCUCGUUCUAUAAGCAUUCGCAGAAUACUGGCUUCCAUCUCUGAUUUGCCCCAAGGUGCUGAGCCAUCUCCAUCAUCAAAGGGUUCAAAAUCACCAGUUCAAAAAUAUCCUGAAGAAUAUGAAAGAAACUAAAUUUCUCAUGUUGUAGUACUUAGAACAAACGUGUUAGCUGUUUGUUGUUUUUGUAAAAAUUAUUGUUUGAAUAUUGUAUUAGAAUGAAAGAAAUCUGCAAUUCACUGUUUUGAUUAUAAAGGAUUAAUGCAUCAAAUACAUUGGUUUUCUACUGCAAA